UCGGUCUGGUAAACACGGUAAGCACGCGGUGCUGUUUUGGUUGCAUUUGAAUACUCCGAAGGAAUUUGAUUCCAGUUUUAUUCAACUCUGGACUAGAUUUUCAACUAUAACCUGAUUUACAGUAUAUUAACCAGAGGAAGGUACCAAAUAGAUAUAGCUAGAAUGGGUAAGUCUAAAGCGCAUCGAAUAAAAAGUCUGAUGGGUGCGAAAGCGCCCCUAGGCGAUCAGAUCAAUGAAGGUCGAGUUGCAAAAAAACCAAAGCCCAGUAAAGUUCGUCUACGGGCGGAAGAGGAAGACUAUGUCGAUGCUAAGACGACCAAGAAAAUUCUUAACCAGGCGCGAAAACAACAGGCCGAGCUCAAUCUGCUGGGCGACUCAUUUGGACCAUCGCUAGUUGAGGCCGCUGCUGUCGCUAGCAAAAAGAAGCACCGACUUGGCGAUCAAGGUUCCUCAGAUGAAUCAGACGAGGAGUACCGUGAUGAAGCGGAGGUGGAUGGGCAGGAUUUUUUCGAUAACAUUAAAAUUAAUGAGGAGGAUGAGCGGGCGUUGGAGAUGUUCCAGAAUAAAGAUGGCGUAAAAACAAGGACUUUGGCGGAAAUCAUCAUGGACAAAAUUACAGAGAAACAAACUGAAAUCCAGACACAGUUUUCGGACACCGGUUCGUUGAAAAUGGAAGAAGUUGAUGCUCGCGUACGAGAGAUGUACGAAGGAGUUCGUGACGUUCUAAAGCGGUACCGCAGUGGACGCGUGCCAAAAGCAUUCAAAAUAGUUCCGAAAUUGAGAAACUGGGAACAGAUCCUGUACAUUACUGAACCACACAAUUGGAGUGCGUCGGCAAUGUUUCAAGCUACGAGAUUGUUUUCAUCGGGAUUAACUCAGUACAUGGCUCAGCGGUUCUACAAUCUGGUCCUGUUGCCUCGAAUCCGCGAUGAUUUGGCUGAGUAUCACAAGCUAAAUUUUUACUUGUAUCGAGCACUGAAAAAGGCUCUGUUCAAACCGGCCGCCUUCAUGAAGGGAAUAAUUCUGCCUCUGUUGGAAUCGGGAGAUUGUACAUUGCGGGAAGCGAUUAUUUUCGGUAGUAUCAUCAGCAAUACGACUAUACCGGUACUACACACAUCGGCAUGUUUGCUUAAAAUUUGUGAGAUGGAAUACUCGGGUGCCAAUUCUGUUCUGAUCCGAAUUAUUUUGGAUAAGGGGUACGCUCUCCCGUACCGGGUGGUAGAUGCUGCCGUGUUUCAUUUUCUGCGCUUCGAGCAAGACAAACGUGAGCUGCCAACACUGUGGCAUAGUGCUCUGCUUUCGUUUGCUCAACGGUAUAAGAACGAUAUUUCUACCGAGCAACGCGAAGCGCUACUGCGUUUGUUGAAAAAAAAAUCGCAUCCUAAAAUCACACCGGAGAUUCGCCGGGAACUAAUGGCUGCCAAGUGUCGCGAUGCCGAAAUGGGUGACAGCUUAGCUCACGAGGUUGAUAUGGAGUAUAAGGAGGACAACGAUUACGCGCCAAUGGAUGCCGAUGAAACAGAGCACCCCAGCAGCGCUCCGGGAAGUAAUGGUGCGAAUAGACCCGAAGCAGGUGCUGAAGCAAUGGACAGCGAUGAAGAUGAGGAUGAUAGUGAAGAAGAGCUGUGAAUUAAGCAAAUUAAAUAGUUUUUGUUUUGUACAAUUCAUUGCUUUUUCAUAAUAUAUGCUAAUACAUAAAAGUUA